UCCUUUUUCUCUCUCUUUUUUUUGGGGGACAUGGAACAGAAACCAAGCGAGCAUAAGAAAACAAUUGAAGAAGUAGGCAUAGAUGAUGCACCUAAUGGUGGUAAAGCUGCGUGGUCAGUUGUAUUUGGUUGUUUUUGUGGCAUGUUUGCCAUAUAUGGAGUAAAUUACUCUUGGGGUUUGUUCUUGAGGCAUUAUAACCAAUACGUAUAUGUCAACCAAAUGACAAAGCUUUCAUGGAUUGGGUCUAUCUGUAUUGCUCUAUUUUUUAUCAUUGGUCCUAUCAAUGAAUGGGUAGUUUGUAAAUUGGGAUACACAAAGAUGCUAUGUAUUGCUACCAUCUUAUGCCCUUUGGCACUCAUGUUGGCUAGUAUCAGUCAUGACAUCUGGCAUCUGUACCUGACUCAAGGCGUCAUGUUUGGUUUAGGUGCUUCAUUUGUGUGGUUUCCAUGUAUUAGUGCUCCUCAAGAAUGGUUCUCGAGUCGUCGAGGAUUAGCUAUUGGUCUAACUAUGUGUGGAUCAGGUGUAGGUGGAUUAAUCAUGUCUAAUAUAAAUCAAGCUGUCAUUUUAGCACUUGAUUACCGAUGGGCUCUUCGCAUCUCCGGGUUUAUCACAUUCUUCUUUUUGGUAUUAGCAACAAUCUUUGUUAGAGCACCGUAUAGAAAGCAAAAGGACGAAGAAAAGAGUGUGAAGAAUAUGUUACUGAGACAGAAAGAGCUACUGAAAAACUUUCAGUUUGACAUCUUGCUUGUGGUUGGAUUUAUUACCACGUUUGGCUAUUUGGUACCAUCAUUUUUAUUACCUUCCUAUGCAAACUCAUUGCACUUAAACCCAUGGAUUGGCACAAACCUGUCCGCUAUUAUGUCCGCUAUUAACGCAGUGUCCAAGUUGAUAAAUGGAUUCACUAGUGAUCGCAUUGGUCGUGUAAAUGUAUUAUUUUUGUGUACGUUCUUAUCUGGUAUCUUCUCGCUAUGUAUCUGGACAAACGCUCAUUCAGAGGCUACCAUUUGGGUCUUUGCCGUCCUGUACGGUUUCUUUGGGGCUGGUUACCUUACCUUGUUUCCUGCCUCAUUACCCCAAGUCGCUGGCUACGAAAACAUUACUCCAGCCAAUGGCCUAUUAUAUUUUACAAACACGUUUGGUUAUUUAUUUGGCACACCUAUUGCUUCGGCCAUCAUUAAUCGAUCACAACCUCCUAAUUACACCUAUGCUGCUGUCUGGGGUGGCCUCCUCAUGGCCAUCGGUGGAUUGUUCUGCCUAGUUUUACGUGUGAUGAGGGCAGGUUGGAACCCUUUGGUUAAAGUAUAGAUAAUGGAAUAUAUAAAUAUAAAUUGUAUUUUUAAUGAAAUAAAAGAAAAUGUAUAUUUACAGCAUGGC